ACAGCAGGAUUGUUCAUGGUUAUAAACAUAAAAUAUACUUGGUUAAAUGUCAGUGCUGAAAUUCGUAAAGCAGGCCAACCCCGCCGGCAGCACCCCUUCUCCGGUGUCCGGCCCCCUUCCCCGGUUCCCCCACCCUCAAGUGCCCCGCAGCACCCCGCUGUGCCCCCAGAGGAGGAUGAGGUCAGACGCAGCACACGCCACGAGGUCCGGCCGCAAAAGAGCGGUGGGCUGGUGCUUCGGGGUUGGGGUGGGGCUCAGGUGGGCGGGAUUCCCGUCGACAGCCGGCGCCGCGCCCGAGCACAGCUUCCGCUCACGUCCUCUGAGCUUGGAGCCGGGCGCGACGCCACUCCCAGGAACCUCUGCGUGGCGAUCGCAGUGUUUCCCGGGGACCGGUCGGUCGGCGGACCCGGCCUCGCAGGGCGGAAGUGGGCGGCUGCGGUGCCCGCGGAGCCGCGCUGCGGGCGGGACCUGGCCGAGCUGGAGGGCGCCGGGGAGCGGAGCUCGGGCGGUCCCCGAGGCCCGAGCGAGCGGACUUCGGGGGGACCCGCGGCGACCGCGCCGGCGUCAGGGGAGCGCGGCGGGGAUGGGGCGCCGAGCCGGGCGGGCGCCGGGGCCUCGGCCAUGUUCGCGGGGCUGCAGGACCUGGGCGUGGCCAACGGCGAAGACCUGAAGGAGACGCUGACCAACUGCACGGAGCCGCUCAAGGCCAUCGAGCAGUUCCAGACAGAGAACGGCGUGCUGCUGCCCUCCCUGCAGUCGGCCUUGCCUUUCUUGGACCUGCAUGGGACACCUCGGCUGGAGUUCCACCAGUCGGUGUUUGACGAGCUUCGGGACAAGCUGCUGGAGCGGGUGUCCGCCAUUGCCUCAGAGGGGAAGGCUGAGGAAAGGUACAAGAAACUGGAAGAUCUUCUAGAAAAGAGCUUUUCUCUGGUGAAGAUGCCGUCCCUGCAGCCAGUGGUGAUGUGUGUCAUGAAACAUUUGCCCAAGGUUCCGGAGAAGAAGCUGAAGCUGGUGAUGGCCGACAAGGAGCUGUACCGGGCCUGUGCUGUGGAGGUGAAGCGGCAGAUCUGGCAGGACAACCAGGCACUGUUUGGUGACGAAGUUUCUCCGCUGCUGAAGCAGUACAUCCUAGAGAAGGAGAGUGCGCUUUUCAGCACCGAGCUCUCCGUCCUGCACAACUUCUUCAGCCCUUCCCCGAAAACGAGGCGCCAGGGCGAGGUGGUGCAGAAGCUGACGCAGAUGGUGGGGAAGAACGUGAAGCUGUACGACAUGGUGCUGCAGUUCCUGCGGACCCUCUUCCUGCGGACCCGGAACGUGCACUACUGCACGCUGCGGGCCGAGCUGCUCAUGUCCCUGCACGAGCUGGACGUCGGGGACAUCUGCUCCGUGGACCCCUGCCAUAAGUUUACCUGGUGCCUGGAUGCCUGCAUUCGUGAGCGGUUUGUGGACAGCAAGAGAGCCCGAGAGCUGCAGGGGUUUCUUGACGGCGUGAAGAAGGGGCAAGAGCAAGUCCUAGGGGACCUGUCCAUGAUCCUGUGUGACCCCUUUGCCAUCAACACCCUGUCGCUGAGCACCGUCAGGCACCUGCAGGAGCUGGUCGGCCAGGAGACCCUGCCUAGGGACAGUCCCGAUCUCCUGCUGCUGCUCAGGCUGCUGGCGCUGGGCCAGGGGGCAUGGGACAUGAUUGACAGCCAGGUCUUCAAGGAGCCCAAGAUGGAGGUGGAGCUCAUCACCAGGUUCCUGCCCAUGCUCAUGUCCUUCGUGGUCGACGACCAUACCUUCAACGUGGACCAGAAGCUGCCGGCCGAGGAGAAAGCCCCGGUUACGUACCCGAACACGCUCCCGGAGAGUUUCACCAAGUUCCUGCAGGAGCACCGCAUGGCCUGCGAGGUGGGGCUGUACUACGUGCUGCACAUCACCAAGCAGAGGAACAAGAACGCGCUCCUGCGCCUGCUGCCGGGGCUGGUGGAGACCUUUGGCGACCUGGCGUUUGGGGACAUCUUCCUGCACCUGCUCAUGGGGAACUUGGCGCUGCUGGCCGACGAGUUUGCCCUGGAGGACUUCUGCAGGAGCCUCUUCGAUGGCUUCCUCCUCACGGCCUCGCCCAGGAAGGAGAACGUGCAGCGCCACGUGCUGCGGCUCCUCAUCCACCUGCACCACCGGGUGGCCCCGUCCAGGCUGGACGCCCUGCGCAAGGCGCUAGAGCCCACGGGCCAGAGCGGAGAGGCCGUGAAGGAACUUUACUCUCAGCUCGGUGAGCGGCUGGAGCAGCUGGAGCACCGGAAGCCCAGCCCGGCCCAGGCCGCGGAGACUCCAGCCCUGGAGUUGCCCCUUCCCGCCGUGUCUACUCCGGCUGGGCUCUGAGCCUUCACCUGGGGCUGCUCGGGACUGGGCAAGGCCCCCGGUGGGGCCGUGGUCGGCCAGGAGGAGCUCCCCUGCCAUUGCAAGCACGGACCCCGUCUCUCCUGGGGGUGGGCGGGCCGCUAGGGGGGCUGGGGCUGGCCGAGCGGAGCACCCCCCACCCUGGGACCUCCUGCACGUGGGGCCCUCUUCUGCGCCUCCGCCUCCCCACGAACUGGGUCCUGGGAGGUGUGUGUUGUCCACGGGAAUGGGAUCGUGUUUUCGCUCCUCGUGGGUCCCCAUCUGGUUCUGUGGAGCACAGCUCUGGGUCUGCUCUGCCCCUCCUGGCCGCUUGAACUCAUUCCAGGCCG